CCGGCGUCCGUCGACAUCAGCAUCGGAGGUAAGAGCAGAGGAUAAAGUACCUAUUACCUAGGUAUCAGUCUUCAGAGUUACAUAUUCUACAGCUAUUGUCACAUGGCCCGAAGGCGGAUUCAGGUUUCAAACAGACUAUUCGACUACUCGAUGAUUCUGUUCAUACGAGUUCUUGACGGAUAUCAUCAAUGACUCGUGUUCAUCUCGACCCCAUUGAUCUAGGAAGCGUCUCGGUACUGCUAGUUUCUCGGGACCUGGAUUCAAACUCUAGCAGUUGAUGUCUCGAACCACGACGCUGGUCAUGAACGAGAUCGGAGGACUGACAGCCUCAAACAUCAGCCCGAUGCAACGAGGAUUCUCACUGCCGUCCUUGACGCCGUGUACCUUUGGACGACAAGGCACAGCUUUAUCCACUCGAGUCCGCCUUAUCCUCCGCUACAACUUCGGGGUUGGAGAAUACAUGGUUGGAGUAUGGCACGAUGUCCAACAGCGUGAGUCUGCUCGGAUAAACCUACGAGCUCAAGAGAAUAAUCUCGUGAGAGCACUUGCCGUCAUUCUCCAGUCCAGUUACCCGUCCACUGCAUAAGCCCUCAUUUCCUCAGUCCUGGUAUGGAACAUGGGAAUAGCAAAGCAUUUGGUUUGGGUCUACGCCACCCCGUCCACCCCUGGCCUUGCAGUGGUCGGGAAAUGACAUGUCCAAUCGUAAUAAUACUUUGUUGUUACCACCAACUUGAAGUCAGUAUCGGCUCAAACUUUGCCGACAGCCACAGCACUCAGGCAGGCUGCAGUGCAGUGCAGCACACAGCGUACUAAAAUCAC